GUUUUGUUAUCACAAAUGCCAGGGGCUUGCCGAGAAAUGCUCCGUUAGUUGUUGGUGUGAUGGGGAUGUGGAGGUCCUAUAAAAAAUACAGAGUUGACGCAGUCUUCAAGCAUCCGGAGUAUUCAGAAGGCAGAAAUGAUAUAGCUUUGCUUAGACUAAAUCGGCCGGUGACCCACACAGACGGAAUGAAACCGAUCUGUGUGCUUGUGAACGCACAGCACCAGAAGCUGGUCGAAUCUAGCCCGUUCUUUACUGUUUUUGACUAUGUGGAAAUCGAAGUACCCAAGCAAAUUUAUGCAGUUAUCGUUACACUCAUUCAACCCAAAUAUUGUUCAUACAGGAUUCGUAGAAUAAUUUAUCCGGAUCAAUUUUGUUUGAAAUAUCCACGCGGAAUGAGUCUGAAUUAUGGCAAACCUGGCGACUUAUUGGGAGGAAAUAUAAUGCUGGCGGGAAAGAAAAGACUCAUUUAGCUCUGGCUGCUGGGCUCAGUUUGCUCUUAAGCUACCUAGGAUCUGGCCAGUUUUUGGAGGAACCCUGUGGAAUUGAUUUAAUUGAAAACAAAAUAAUCGGUGGAUUUGAUGCAGAAACAGCAGCUGCCACAUGGAUGGCAGCUGUAAGCAAUGUCACCCAUUUCCUGUGUGGCGGAACGCUGAUUCAUAAACGUUUCGUCUUAACUGCUGCUCAUUGCAUUAAUCGUGGAGAAAAACUGAUCGUGAAAUUGGGAGCAUACAACAGAAGUCAACCUACAGCUCAGUACAAUGUGUUAUCUGCAAUACGGCACCCACUUUACAACAACUUCCGUCGCGUCCAUGAUGUGGGCCUUCUGAAACUAGCGAACAUCGUCGUCUUUAAUGCCUUUAUUCACCCAAUUUGCAUUAUUUUGAACCAUAAUAUAAAGAGCCUAGUAGAGCUCACGCGGACGUUUAAAGCCUUUGGCUGGGGAGAAAAAGGUGAUGGCAACCAAAGCGACAUUCUUCAAGCCAUCACUCUUAACCAUUUGCAAAGAGCCGAUUGCCACAGACGCUUGGGUAUGAAUCUCACUCAGCAACAGAUAUGUGCUGGUGUUCACAACGGAGACACCUGUCGCGGCGAUUCCGGUGGUCCUUUGACCAACAAUGUCUCUCUUAAUAACGCCAGCGUUCACGAAGUGCAGUUUGGUAUCAUAAGCUAUGGCACUCUAAUGUGCAAUGACACGGGGGUGUAUACCGAUGUGUCAAGCUAUGUGGACUGGAUAAAAAAAUCAAUUGUCAAGGACAUGUGGCUGUACAGUGACUGCGGUGGUGAAUCCAUUGCAUCCAACUUUCAGGCCAACAUUAUCGGACUUGAUUUCAAGACCCAGGGCGUGCUGAUCACAGACCGUUUUGUUAUCUCAAAUGCCAGAGACUUGCGGGGAAGUAUUGCUUCGCUAAAAGUAAUUGUGAUAGGAUUGGGGAGAGCCUAUGGAGAAUAUAAAGUUGACUCAGUCUUCAAGCACCAGAAGUGUUCAGAUAAGACAUAUGACAUCGCAUUACUUAGACUUAAUGGCUCGGUGACGUACAGAGAUGGAUUUAAACCGAUUUGUAUGCUUUCAAAUGUUCAAAUCCAAGAAAGGGGCGAAUUUUUGUCGCCCUUUACCGUAUUUGACUAUGUGCGAAUUGAAGAACCCAUGAAAAUUGAUGCUGUUAGCGUUGCUCCUAUUGAUUCCUUUAAAUGCUCACAAAUACUUCAGAAGUCAAUUGAAACGGAUGAAGUUUGUUUUAAACCUCCCCGCGGAAUGAGUCAGAUAUUCGGAAUUCCAGGCGACAUUUUAGGAAAAAGUAUGGUACAUUUCAACAUAGAACGGUUCGUUUUGUUUGGUUUUUUCAGUAAUUCAUACAAUCACUUGCACGUCGUUACAAAUGUAAUGAGACAUACAGAGUGGAUCGCAAAUACCGUUGAAUUAAAUCAAUUAUAGCAAU